UGAAAAAUCACAAGGACGGUAGGCGAGCGCCAUGUACAUGCAUUUCGGAUUCUACGUUCUCUGCUCCUGUUGUAUCGUUUGCAUCUCAAGGUGCCAAAACACAUGUACAAAUGAAGCCUGUGAACCUCCAUUCGAAAAAUUGACAAAUGCUAGUAGUUGUUACUACAUCAACAGAGAUCUAGUAGGAGGAGACGAAGCAUUUGCACGUUGUAUCAACAUCGGAGGUUACCUCGCCAACUUUGAGACAUUGGAAGAGGCCAUGCUGAUGAAACAAAACCUGAAGGAAAUGAAUUCAGGUCUCCACUUCUUUGUUGGUGGAAGAAAUAUCAACAGGAGACAACCAGGUGGAGAUUGGAGGUGGAUAAAAAACGGAGCUAUGACCAAAAUGUCUUAUUUUGCUUUUGGCGGUGGCGAACCCGAUGGAAUUGACAGUCAGCCACAAGAUUGCAUGUACAAUUUUUGUGCACAUGAAGACUGUAAACCUCCAUUCCACAAAUUUGCAAAUAACUGUUACUACAUCAGCAGAGAUAUAGUAGGGGCAGAUGAGGCGUUUGCACGUUGUAUCAACAUCGGAGGUUAUCUCGCAAACUUUGAGACAUUAGAGGAAGCCAUGCUGAUGGAACAAAAACUGAGGAAAAUGAAUUCAGGUCUGCACUUCUUUGUUGGGGGAAGAAACAUCAACAGGAGAAAACCAGGAGGCGGUUGGAGAUGGAUAAAGAACGGAACUAGGACAAAAAUGACGUAUUUUGCUUUUGGCAAUAACCAACCCGAUGUUAGUGAUAGUCAGCCACAGGAUUGCAUGUUCUUUAGCGCUCUCGAACACUACAUAUUCCAUGACGUUUAUUGCUAUAAUUAUAAUGGUGGUUAUAUAUGUGAAAAGUGA